CAUCCAAUAUCAUCAAAAGCAUAUCAAACAAAUAUAUAUCAUCAUCAUCGUCAAUACUCUCAAGUGUCAAAAUUAUCUGACCAUCAAUUACUUACAAAUGAUUUGCAGCAAGAAUCAUGGCGAUCGAUACGGGCUGGUCCGGUGCUCGGCUAAUUAUGUUCCUUUGUCACCAAUAAGCUUCUUGGAAAGAUCAGCUGAUGUUUAUAGAGACAGAACAUCUGUGAUUUAUGGGUCUUUAAAAUAUACAUGGGAUGAAACAUAUACAAGAUGUGUUAAGCUUGCAUCUGCUUUAUCUCAACUUGGAAUUUCUCGUGGUGAUGUUGUAGCGACACUAGCACCAAAUGUACCAGCAAUGCAAGAACUACAUUUUGCUGUACCCAUGGCCGGAGCCAUUCUUUGCACACUCAACACUCGCCAUGAUUCCAACAUGGUUGCAACUCUUUUAUCGCAUUCCGAAACCAAAAUCCUCGUCGUCGAUCACCAGUUUCUCGACAUUGCUUUGGCUGCAGUCAAUUUGAUGAAGACCACACACCAAAAACCCCCUCUCCUUGUCAUCAUAUCCGAAAACCAAGAGUUUCCUUCUGACAUAUCAGUAAAUGCUUACGAAUACGAAGGCUUAGUACAAGGUGGAGUUAAUGGGUUCUCUGUAGUUCGACCAUCAGAUGAAUGGGAUCCAAUAAGUGUAAAUUACACAUCUGGCACGACUUCUAGGCCGAAAGGGGUGGUUUAUACCCAUCGUGGCGCGUAUCUUAAUUCGAUAGCAACUAUUUUUAUGCAUGGAAUGGGCUCCAUGCCGACUUACCUUUGGUCCGUCCCUAUGUUUCAUUGCAACGGGUGGUGUGUGGCUUGGGGCUUAGCGGCGGUUGGGGGGACAAAUGUAUGUAUUCGGAAAUGUGAUCCGAAAGAUAUAUUUGAUCAUAUAGUUAUGCAUAAGGUGACACAUAUGGGUGGUGCGCCUACGGUUUUGAACAUGAUUGUGAACUCUCCGGACCGUAAGCCACUACCUCAUAAGGUGGAGAUUAUGACAGGUGGUGCACCUCCGCCUCCUUUAGUCCUUUCGAAGAUGGAAGAGUUGGGUUUUGGUGUGUCACAUUUAUAUGGGCUCACGGAAACUUAUGGCCCGGGGACUAUGUGUUCUUGGAAGCCCGAAUGGGAUUCGUUGCCAAUGGAAGAACGGUUGAAGUUAAAAACGCGACAAGGUGUUAGGCAUCUUGGGUUGGAAGAUGUCGAUGUGAAAGAUCCGAUCACGAUGGAAAGUGUUAAGAAUGAUGGGAAGUCGAUUGGGGAGAUUAUGUUUCGGGGGAAUACUGUCAUGAGUGGAUACUUGAAGGACCAGAAAGCAACCGAAGAAGCGUUUUCGGGUGGAUGGUUUAGGAGUGGCGAUUUAGCCGUGAAACAUUCGGACGGGUACAUAGAAGUCAAGGAUAGGUCGAAAGACAUCAUUAUAUCCGGAGGCGAGAAUAUAAGUACCGUCGAGGUUGAAACUGUUAUUUAUAGUCACCCAGCAGUUUUAGAGGUCGCCGUAGUUGCACGACCUGACAACCACUGGGGUCAAACGCCAUGUGCGUUUGUGAAACUCAAGGAUGGAUUUACUCUAGAUGGUCAAGAGAUCAUCGACUAUUGUCGUGAUCGUAUGCCGCGUUAUAUGGCGCCUAAAACCGUUGUUUUUGAAGAGCUGCCAAGAACAUCAACCGGAAAGGUGCAAAAGUUUUUGCUAAGGGAAAAGGCAAAAGCUCUCGGUAGCAUAUCUUGACUUGAAUGUAAGAAUCAAUUAUUUCUCAGAAUUCAGUAUGUACAAGUGUUAUGCAACGUUUAAUACCAAACACACGUCUCAAACUCGUAAUGCAAUUACUUAAUUUGAGAAUUUGAUUUAUUGUUUUGAUUUA